UAUAUUACCUAAAAAUAUAAAUGCGUGCUGAUGUAAUAUGUGACAAUAUAAUACGUGAUAGUGUAGCGCGUGGUGAUAUAACGCGUGGCAAUAUGACAGAAUAGUGAGGCAGUAAGAUGCCUCAAGAUCUUACACCGUGAUCAAGAACCAUGCAAACUAAGACUGCUCGCUUAAAUAAAUAGAAUAAUAAGAUUUGAGAAAAAUGGGUCAAAUCAAAUUAAAUUGUAAUAUGUAAUGAGUACUUCAUAUUUGCCAACUGUGCUAAGUUGCAAUAUCGUUCAAGUGAUGAAACAAUGGCGUAAGUAAGCAGUAAGUUUGAAUAAACGGGUUAUAAAAGAUUAUCGUCGAUUUGGUAAACUAUUUCGACGAUCAAAAAGAAAUGUCGAACCGUGAUCCGGACAAUUUAAUGGCCACGAACGAUGAGAAUUUCGAUUACUUGUUCAAGAUUGUGCUUAUCGGGGAUUGUGGUACAGGAAAGACCUGUGUUGUUCAGAGAUUUCGAUCUGGUACAUUUAUCGAGAGGCAUGGAAACACAAUUGGUGUUGACUUUUCUAUGAAAACUGUAUUAAUUGAUGAUAAAAAGAUUAAGUUACAAAUAUGGGAUACAGCUGGUCAAGAAAGAUUUCGUACAAUAACUCAAAGUUAUUACAGAUCAGCUAAUGGUGUUAUUGUUGUUUAUGAUAUUACAAAGAGAUCUACAUUCUUAAGUUUACAACAUUGGGUUGAAGAAGUACGAAGGUACACUUCUUCACAUGUAUUAUUAGUCUUAGUUGGUAAUAAAUGUGAUUUAGAAGAUUUACGAGAAGUUGAAAAGGAAGAAGCAGAAGCUCUCUGUCAGUAUCUUCCUGAAGUGUUACAAGUAGUGGAAACAUCAGCCAAAGAAAAUACCAACAUAGAUUCUAUAUUCUUUUACCUGGCAUCAGAACUCAAAAGGCGACAUGAAAAUCGCCAAAUUAAUGCAAAUGAGGAUGAAGUUGUUAGACUUGGUACAGGACGAAAAUUAUCUUCCUGUUCAAAUUGUUCAUAUAAAAUAUUUUAAACAAUGAAGGAACAGUAAACAAAUGGUAUACAUAUCAUGCUCAAAUUAAAAUUUUUAUGUAAAAUGGGGAAACAAUUUAAUAUUUUUGUAAUAACUCAAAUAAUGUGAUACGGGAACGAAAUUCAAUUAACACAUUGUUGAUAUUCAUGGUAUCAAACCAGUAUUUUCUAUGAUUGAUUAAUAAGAAAAUAAGAGUUUAUUACUGAUUUUAUAUUAAUUAGGAGCAAUUUUAUCAGGGAUCUACAAUCGAGUAUUUUAACUUAUACAUUUGUAAAUACAAAAACUCUUAGUCUUUAUCUAUUUUAUGACAAUAAUGUACUUCAGCAGUUUAGAAAUGUAAUUAGUAGCAAAUGCACAUAUUUAUUUAUAAUGAAGUGAAUCUCAAAAUCUUAU